CCAUUCCAGGACAUUUGUCCACCUUCCUUCGCUACGCUACUCCGCCCCCUUUACAACGCCAACACAAUAAAUGAAGACACACGAAAAUCAAUUCCCAAUUCCCAAUUCAGAGAGAGAGAGAGAGAGAGAGAGAGAGAGAGAGAGAGAGAGAGAGAGAGAGAGAGAGCACGCUAGAUAUGGAAGAAGGUGCGACUUCGACUGACGUUUUAGCUUUUCAAGAACAGGGACACCAUGAAACAGAGAAACGCAAGAGAGAUGAAGAAAUAGCAGGAAAGGAAGAUAGCAGAGACAGCAAAGAGAGAGUUUCUGAAGAUAAAGGAGGGAAAGAGGAAGAAAGGGGGAUUAUUGCUAAUUUCAUCUCUAACUUGUUGGUUCCCAGAAAUAGAGAAGCUGAAAAUAAUAAAGCUAAAGAUGACAGAAUGGAUCGUGAGGGUAGUGGCAAGGGAGGGUGUAAAUUGGAGGGGGAUUUGGGCGGUGGAAAUGGUGGUGGUGGGAUUGUUGACAACCUCAUCUCCAACCUUUUUCAACCAAGUGAAGCAAGAGAAAGGGAAGAAGACAAGGGAAAUGAAAACGAGGAGAGAGUAAGUGAUGUGAAAAUAGAAGAGGAGGGAGGAGGUGGUGGUGGUGGCGGUGGAGGAGGAGGAGGAGGGGGCAUCAUUGUGACCCUUGUUUCCCACUUGCCCAAAACACUUCCAGAUGAUAUGGCUCCACCACCCGAGGAGGCCUUAAUCCUGAUUCACUCCAUUGUCCAUGACUAAAUAAAUAAUCCGUAUACAAUAUAAUAAUGAUGUUUGUACGUACAUAAUUGACCAUUUUUAAGGGUUCUUCUUCUU